AAGUGAAAAAAGCAACAGAGCAUGUUGCACUUUCAUUGAUUUUAUGAGUUGCAAAUUAUAGUAUAAAUACAGAACAAGCAUCAAAAUAUUUAGAUAGCACUAGGGUAUGUCCAGUCAGUAUUCAUUUUGUCUAACUGUGAGUUGUAUCUGAAAGUUGCAGCCACACUUUUUGUCUGACAAUCCUUCAAUAAUUAUAGCUUACAUAGCAAUAACAGUGUAUUUGAAAUCUUUGUAACUUAAUGAACAGGGCAAACAGGAAUAGCAGGAAUGGAGAGAGGAAAUGUUCCACAAUGCCAUACUGUCUGGACCAAACAGAAUUUGACUUUUUAAAAACUAGUUACCCAAGAAUUUGAACUAUAAUAAUUUUCAAUAGCUGGCACCAUUCAGUAUGCAGCUCACAGUUCAGUCCAACUUUACAAACUAAAAAGACCACAUACUAACAAGCAAAUUGGCAUGCUCUAUCGUCUUCCACACCAAGAAAUUAAAUAUUUACAGUCUGUGCCAAAUCAACUGAAUCACACAACUUGCACCUUGAGUAAGUGGAGCAGCCUGAGAGUUAAGAUUAUUUUUGGUUUAAAAAAGAAUCAAAGCUGAUCAGGAAGAGGGAGCUCACACACUCUCAUUAAUCCAAUUUUUCAUGGAAAAUUUUUUAUCCAGCCUCAUUUGUGUUUUUUCUGGUUUCCUCUUCAUUAAUACAUUCCCAGGUGAUCCAACAGUUUGACAAAUAGUGUGUUUGCAUGUUGACAAAACAUAUUUGAACUGAGUCCUCCUUAGAAAAAUUAGAACUCUGUUAUAAAUAUUCUAAAAGGCAAAAGAUUUAUAUGAUCUGAAGAGAAACCAGAGUAUCUCACUCAGGCCAACCCACCUCAGGGGCUGCUGUUGUGAGGACAAACUGUAGCCUUGCCAUCUGCCCUGGGUUCCUUGCAGAGGAAAAAAGGCAAGAUAGAAAUGCAAUCUAGUAAUAGUAAUGAAUUAACUUUAAAGUGAAAAACAAUUGGCUAAUGAUUUGGCAUUUGGUUAAUUUUCUUUCAAGUGCUGCUGAGUAAAAUAUUAUUCUGUAAGUACCAGCAAUAAAUAUGUAUCUCCUUUUUAAUUAUAUCUAUACUUAUAUAACAAUACAGAUCAUUUUGACAUGCUAGUCCCAUGUGAUUCUCCUUGACAAGACUUUUGUUAAUAUGCAUCCUACUUCCACAGUUAUACCCCUAUACAUUCUAGAUAGGAGACUAUCAUUAGGACCAUCAUGCCACAAAAUUGCUGUAACCAUGCUUCACAAAUUCAGCUAUACAGCUUACGCUUGUAGUAAUUAGUAUGCAACCUGCAAGAAACUCCUGCAAAAUCAUUCCCUAUCCUUUGGAUGCAGGAUGAAAAAUUCCUACGGUUAAGUUUUUCCUCUUAGUGGUAGUCUAAUCUCACAAUUCACAAUAUGCACCACAGUGCCUUAAACUGCAAAGCUUCUGGAAAAUCCAAACAAAAAGGAGCGUCACAGGGUGACGUCAGCCUAUAUACAGUUGUGUGGUUGCAGCACAUAAGCAAAUGCACUCCUGUACCGUAUCGCUGAAAGCUUUUCAGCAAAUGCAUUCAAGCGACUACAGAAGCUUCUCUCAGCAAUAAGCCACCCAUCUGCCAUCAACAAGUUACAACAAAAAAAGCCAUAGCUAUGGAAAGCAUUUUCUAUUAAACAGCUGCACCGUAUAAAAAGGAGAACUCCAAUUCAGCACUGAUUCAGGAAUUAGCAGAUCUGUCACUGGAAAUCAAGGCAAUGAAUUCAAGAGGAAUAUAUAAGAAAGGGGACAUGAAGUCAUUUUACUUUAAUAGCAGAGGACAGUAGAAGAAAGUAAAUUAUUUAAAGGUUGUCAACAUUAGAGCUUUUUACAGACUCACUGUGUUGAGUCUAAAACUACGACUGAAUGCAACCUCCAACGUACUCAAAAGAAUGGGUAAGUUUAUGCAUUUCAAUUUGUUCAGCUAUGUGCAGUCAAUCUUGCUUUAGGAAUGCACAUGUAGGCAACGACAGAUUUUUUUUUUAAAGGUAACUGGGAUGUGCCUGUCAGUAAUUUUGAUGGAUGCUCAUACCAGGAAUUUGUUUAACUGUAAAGACCCAGAGCAUUUUAAUGCAUGUCAUUAUCUGCAGCAAUCUUUCUCCUUUUUGUUGUAAGCAUACAUCUGAUAAGAAUAUCCUAUUUUGUUGUUUCCCUGAAUUAUAUUCUGCAGGCUUACAUUUCAAGUGGCCAUUAGGGGCUCCUAUGCUGGCAGCAGUAUAUGCAAUGAGUAUUGUUUUUAAAAUGCUGCCUGCCUUGGGCACGGCUUGUCCACCAAAAUGCCGUUGUGAGAAGCUGCUCUUUUACUGUGACUCUCAGGGGUUUCACUCAGUGCCAAACACCACUGACAAGGGCUGUCUAGGUUUGUCAUUGAGGCACAAUUUUAUUAUGGAACUUGAAGGGGAUCAGUUUGCAAGCUUCAGUCAACUUACUUGGCUUCAUUUAGACCAUAAUCAAAUAGAUACAAUAAGAGAAGAUGCUUUUCAAGGACUGUAUAAACUCAAGGAAUUAAUUUUAAGUUCAAACAAAAUCUCUUAUUUGCCCAACACAACUUUUAGCCAACUGCUUAACCUGCAACAUUUGGACCUCUCUUUCAAUCAAUUAUCUGCUUUGCAUCCUGAGUUAUUCUAUGGCCUUCGCAAACUGCAAACCUUGAGUUUACGUUCCAAUUCCCUGAGGACUAUCCCAGUCCGUCUGUUUUCAGACUGUCGUAGUUUGGAUUUUUUGGAUUUGAGCACAAAUCGCUUGCGAAGUUUGGCACGCAAUGGAUUUGCAGGAUUAAUCAAACUGAGGGAGCUUCACCUAGAGCACAACCAGCUGACAAAGAUUAACUUUGCUCAUUUCCUACGGCUAAGCAAUCUGCACAUGCUCUUCUUGCAGGGGAAUAAAAUUAGCAACCUGACAUGCGGGAUGGAAUGGACCUGGGGCACUUUAGAAAAGCUAGAUUUGUCUGGAAAUGAUAUCAAAGCCAUUGAUAUGACAGUUUUUGAAACAAUGCCUAAUCUUAAAGUACUCUUAAUGGAUAACAACAAGCUAACCACUCUGGAGUCCAAGGUUUUAUAUUCACUUAAAACCCUAACUACAGUGGGCCUCUCCAGCAACCCCUGGGAAUGCAGCCCCAAAAUAUGUGCGUUAGCCACAUGGCUCAGUGGUUUCCAAGGUCGGUGGGAGCACUCCAUACUUUGUCAUAGCCCAAACCACACCCAGGGAGAGGAUAUUCUAGAUGCAGUUUAUGGUUUUCAGCUUUGCUGGAAUUUAUCAACUGUUGUUGCAUCCAUUGCUACAAGUUACAGAGCUCCAACGACUGAAUACACAAAAAGAAUAAGCUCCUCAAAUUUUCAUAUGGGAGACAAGGAAAUUUCAACUACUACAAACAUACCCAUUACCACAGAAGAGCAGUUGCCUGAGCCAAACAAUGCCAUCUUCACCCAGCAGGUAAUUACAGGAACAAUGGCUUUAUUAUUUUCUUUCUUUUUUAUCAUUUUUGUAGUGUUCAUCUCCAGGAAGUGCUGCCCUCCCACAUUAAGAAAAAUUAGGCAGUGCUCAAUGAUUCAAAGCCACAGGCAACUACGAUCUCAAACACGGCUACAUAUGUCAAACAUGUCAGACCAAGGACCAUAUAAUGAAUAUGAACCCACCCAUGAAGGACCCUUCAUCAUCAUUAAUGGUUAUGGACAGUGCAAGUGUCAGCAACUACCCUAUAAAGAAUGUGAAGUGUAA